CGCGACACUUAGUUUAUGCCGAGCGUUCCGCGAGAACGUGUUAUCUCCGUUAUCGGAGUGCCGCCGACGAGAAUAUGACAGGCCAACGCGACUCACGCCGCCUUACUCAGGAAUAAAGCGGCUCCGGCGAAAGUGGAAGGGACCGUCUUGAUUCGACUCUCGUCGCUCGUGUCGGAUUUGAUCGGUCUGAUUGACAUUUGUUGCUAAUGUUGGUCACAGAAUUGGAACAGACGCAGGUGUCGGAAAAAAUGGAAAAAAACCCCGGCGAUUACGUAAAGACCAUCGAGGCGGGCGCGUCACCGACGCAGGUGCCGGAGACGAAAAUUUACAAGAGGCGAUGGCUCGUCCUCAUCAUCUUCGUGCUGUACAGCGCGAGCAACUCGAUGCAGUGGAUUCAAUACAGUAUUAUAACGAACAUCGUAAUGCACUACUACAAUGUUACGAGCUUCCUAGUGAACAUGACAAGCAUGAUAUAUAUGAUAACGUACAUACCACUCAUAUUUCCCGCUAGUUACCUGCUCGACAAAUUCGGUCUCAGGUACGCCGUGAUCUUCGGAGCGCUCGGGACAGCUCUCGGCUCCUGGAUAAAAGUGUUCAGCGUGGCGACCGACCGCUUCUGGAUCACGUUCCUUGGUCAAAGUUUGGUGGCGGUCAGCCAAACCUUCAUCCUGUCCGUUCCAGCCCGCCUGGCGGCUGUAUGGUUCGGGCCCGACCAAGUUAGCAGCGCCUGCAGUAUCGGCGUUUUUGGCAAUCAGCUGGGCAUAGCUAUCGGUUUCCUAUUCCCGCCGAUGUUAGUGCCGAAUAACGACAACGUCUGCAUCAUCGAGAAGGGUCUGCGACUUAUGUUCUAUAUCGUCGCGGCUUUCACGACGGUCGUGCUGAUCCUCAUAUUGAUCUUCUUCAAGUCGGAACCACCUUUACCGCCCAGCCCCGCGCAAGCUGUGCAGAAGAGAGAGAACAAAGAGAACGGUGAGAAGUUUUCUCGCUCCAUCAAAAGGCUGCUCACCAAUGUCGGCUACCUGUUGCUCCUGCUCAGCUAUGGCAUCAACGUCGGCAUAUUUUACGCCAUAAGUACACUCCUGAAUCAAAUUGUUCUUCAAUACUUCCCGGGACACGAACAAGAUGCCGGCCGGAUCGGCUUGACUAUAGUUUGUGCCGGAAUGUUGGGCUCCGUUGUAUGCGGAGUUGUGUUGGAUAAGACGCAUAAAUUCAAGGAGACAACGAUAGGGGUGUACGUAUUUUCCUUCCUGGGAAUGAUAAUCUUCACUUUUACGUUGGACAGCGGUGGAAUAUACGUUAUUUACAUCACAGCUGGCAUCUUGGGCUUCUUCAUGACCGGUUACCUGCCGGUGGGCUUCGAGCUUGCCGCCGAACUCACGUACCCGGAGCCGGAAGGUACCGCGGCGGGCCUGCUGAACGCGGUGGUGCAGUUGUUCGGUAUUGCCUUUACGACGCUGUACGGUUACCUGUUCGAAAUUUGGGGCGACUUCUGGGCGAACAUCGCGCUGUGCGUGACCCUCGCACUCGGUACACUCCUCACGACCAUAAUCCCUAAUAAUCUGAGACGCCAGAACGCGAAGGCUUGACGCCCGUCGGCCCCCGAAUCGACGUAACCAGUAUCGCGGUCCGACCGGAACUUAAUUUAUUUCUCACGCGACUACGCAUCCCGUGCUAGAAGUAGUAGCGUUGUUCUUCCUGAUCACGCCGUAAAUGUCGCGUAUCUACUACAGCAGAGAGGAGGAAACUUCGUCGGUGAACUCGUCCCCCUCUCCCGAUCUUUUGUCUGUUGUUGUUAGCUGAUCUUCUUAAUCUCAGGUAAGCGGUAGUAACUAGGCGGCAUUAGGCAGCAACAAGUUAAUCCCACAAAAAAAA